AAAAGCCCUGGUCAGGGGCAGCUACUGUACCUCCCAUCAGGCACUGGGGUUAUAUAACAAUGCAAAGAUUCUCUAAAAUGCAUGUUUAAUAUUUAAUAUGUGCAGUGUUUCCAUAUCUCUAGUCAGAAGCAGAUGUCAGUUGCACUGUCUCGUUCUUGAAAGGAAUAUUUGUUAUAUUAAUUAUUAGCCCAUUUACAGUGCACAAAUACACUUAUACUGUAACAUGUAGACACACACAAGCCUCAUAUACUCAUAUCUGCAUUGCUGCAAACACAUCAUCACACCUGAGCCGUAGAAACAGACUCUGUCAAAUGGGUGACGUUUUAAUGACGUUAGGAGUCGCGCUCGCGCCAGUGACUGCCAUCUUGUGUUGCGAGUGUGAAGCCGCUACCUGAGCUCACUGAGAGGCGCGCACGUGCACACAGGCAGUGACACCUGCUCCGCCGGCUGCACCCGACGGUGCUGCCUACACGCUGUGCAUCCGCAGCUCCACCGUCCUAUACCUUCAGGUGCGGGUUACUUUAUCCCACCUCUUUAAUUAUGCACGUGAAGAAUGCCCCCUGUCUGAGGUUUGGGUCCAGGUGAUGCUGCUUCUUGCUGUUACUUUUUAUUGGCUGCUUCCGAGCGAAGAGACAACAACCUCUGGAUUUUUGUCCUUCUUCCUGUGUUUCCCUAAGAAAAAUCAAUAUACACAGUUUUUCCACGAUUUUAUUUUUCAUCUGGCGCAGAGUUGGUGGUUCUCCAGUUUCAGGACUAGAUUGUAAGUACUGUAAUGACAUGUUAUAAAGAUGGUUGAAUAUAUAUUAGGACAUUAGAACAAUUUAGUGAAACAAUUUGCAAAUUUAAAUGUAAAAUAUGACUAAUCAGAUUUAAUGUUAAUGGUAUUAAAUUGUAACCUAGCAAGAAAGUCUAACUUUUAUUACUCUUAUUAUUAGAUUACUGUCUUUCUGGAAUGUGCUGGAUAAGACACAACCAACAAAACAUUUGUGACGCAGCAGAUGUAAUAAAACGUUUGUUUAAAAAAUAUAAUGCAUACUUAUGCUAUAUGUGUAUUGAACUCUCUAAACUAGUGACUAUAUGUGUGUACAUUAACAUUUCACUGAGCUACUGUACCAGUGAGAAUGCAUCUGGCCUCUUACGCUGCAGAGUGCAUUUAAUUUGGCGAGUAUUUGGGCUAUUGAAUGGCAUGGAGCCUGUGAAAAAAUCCUGUGAAUCAGUAAGGUUACCUGAAGCAGGAUAUCAUGUCUCCCCAAACUCUAACAUGCUUUCUCUUGCACCCUGUGUGGGCUACGCUACAUUCACUCCCCGGAGUCGGCUUUCACCACUUCUUGUUUAUGUUCCAAGUGCCACGAUCUGUGCUUCAUAUUGACUGUGUGUGUGUGUGUGUGUGUGUGUGUGUGUGCGUGCGUGCGUGCGUGCGUGCGUGCGUGCGUGCGUGCGUGCGUGCGUGUGUGUGUGUGCGUGUGUGUGUGUGCUCCACCCUCAUCUGAGAUGGUAUCUACACACAUUUGAUCCAAGUAAUCAGCAGUGGACAGAUGGAAAGAUAGGGAUAGAUGGAAAACAAGUGGGACAGAUCAUAGUUUCCCACCCCAGCACCGCAUGACCUCAUUCUCUUAUACCAUUACUUGGACUGUGCUUGAUUCAUUUGGUUCCUUUUGUCCUAUCUGCCAUUUUCAGACAGAAGAGCUUCAUCUGCUUUCGGAAUAAGCUGCAUGGAAGUCAGCAUGGAAAACACCAAGCCGGUGAAGGAGGUGCUCCCUCUGCCUCGCCACCCGGCCUCAUAUCCCAUGGACCCUGCUGUCACUUCAACAAAGGCCACCAUAGGCUCCAUCCAGCAUAUUCAAGUGGCCUCCUCCGUGGUGGCAUCCUUGAACCAUCUGAAGCCUCCACAGCGGGACCUCACCCUGAUGUCCCGGAUGAAGUCCGUCAAGUCUCUGAGACACGCUGGCUUUAGUGCAGUGUUCACUGGACAAGUGAAGCCUGACAGUGAAAAGGUUCUGGAGGAGGCGCCGCCCGCGGACGUGAUCGUGGCUGACAUCGACUCCCUGGUGCCCACCCACGACGAAGCGGGUCGGCCCAUCGCCGAGUGGAAGCGCCAGGUGAUGGUGCGGCAGCUGCAGUCCAGACUGCAGGAUGAAGAAGAACUGAGGGGACAGGACAUUUCCAGGGACUGCGUAUCAGUGGACGGCUGGAAGUACUCGCAAACCCACGAUGCCGUGCUGGGGCCUUUCGGUGAGCUGCUGACCGAGCAUGACCUGAUUUACCUGCAGCAGCAGAUUGAGGCUGUUUCCCUGCAGAAGCGCUGCCAGGCCUAUGAGCAGGAGCUGACCAGGCUGACCGACGAGCUGAGGGCCAUUUUACCCGAUCCCAUUGUCAACAUCUCCCUCAACAAGGAAAUCCUGCAGCAGAUGAACGCGGACGGGGCGACGCACGCGGCCCUGCCGGUCCUGUGCGGCCGCGUCUCGGACCUCGUCAAGGGUCUGUCGCUGCUGGUGGCGAAUCUGAGCCGGACCACACCAGAGGAAGGCACAGAGAAGAACGUGAACGGGUCGCGCGGGGUCAAGGAUAGUUCAAGAAGUGAUUUACGUCAGAGGCCGUCGCAACGCGGCCGAGGGUCGAUGCCGGCGACCUCUAGUGGAUGCAGAGUGCCUCACAUAGGGAUGGAGUCUGCUUUUAGUUACCAUCUGGAGACCAACAGCUACAGCGCCAUGCAGAGAGAGAGGGUGCAGAGGGAGAUCCAGCAGUCUGGGGUGUCGGUCCGAGAGCUCAGGAACAACUUUGAGGGUCAGAUCGGAGCGAUUUAUCCCUUCGCUGGCGUUGUGACAGGAGGCCAAGGGGCGAAAGCUUCACCGAGGGAGAAGAAUGACCACAAACCUAAGCCUGUGGUGGAGACGACCAGCUUGAGGAAGGAGCGCAUCGUGCUGCUGUUCCUGAGCCACUGGAAGAGGUCGGCGUACGCCAUUUCCCUUCGAGCCGCGAAGCGGACGCGAGGCGAGGAAGCAGAACCGGGUCGGGCGGCAGCGGCGCCUCAGCCGAGGAUCAGCUCCAUGUUUCAGUUCUGCCAACAGCGAGGUGCAGUGGACAAGAUCCUGAGCUCCUGGAAACAUAAGCUGGACGUCAGCAAUGGGCUCAACCGUGCAUCCAAGCGUUUGCCCUUAUCUGACUCCCAGAGACCCCCCUCCAGAGUCAUCUUCUCCCCAGAGCAGUUCCUGCCUGAAGUAGAUGGUGUGGCUGUGCGCUACGAUGACCUGAGCCUUGACCUCUUCAUGCUGGGAUACUUUCACAUCCUAGAGGAGGAGCUGUCGCCGGAGGAGAGGAAGAUGAGGCAUCUCCUCUGCUUCGAAGUCUUUGACCAUGUCGGCACGUUCCCCUGGGAGACGGUGAGAGACUUCCACAAAGCCGUUCUGCAGGAGAUCCAGGCGGGGAGGCGGCAGUGGGGCGACGGCUUCGAGGAUGUUAAAAUGAGCUUCUUUGGGGAGUCGGGGUUAUGCCACCGUCCUUCCUCUUCAUCAUCGCCGAAAGGGGUUCCAGUAGCUCAAGCUGCCAGUCAGGAGCAGAGCAGCAGGGACGCAGACUUCUCCUGCUUCAACAACCAAGACAUUUGUAAAUAUAUUGACCGCAGCUUUGCUUUCUGGAAGGAGAAGGAGGCAGAGCUCUUUGACUUUGGACAGAGGUCCCCAACUUAAAUGUGAUCCGAAGGGAACACAUGUAUUAUUACUGUAAACAGAACCUCAGGGUUUUUUGUGAAGUAACAAAAAUAUUUUCUUGUAUAAAUUGAUAUUUGAUGUCAAAGUAAAGGGAUAUUUAUAUGAAAUAUUACUCUAAGCAUAAAGAAAAACAUCCUCCUCCCUGAGUAAUCAUGAGUUGUGGUGUGGAGUCACACAGCAAGUUAAUCUUUUAUAAGAUAAAUAUUUGUUUGUGUUUUUGUAGUUUUGCAACAUCAUUAUUCGUGUGAAAGAGAAAUUAAAAUAAAGAACAAUAAAAUCAAAU